AUGUAAAUUACAACAGUUUUAAACUGUAAAAUUACAGGUUGUUCUGUAAAAUCAUUGUUUAUAUAUGUUUGUUUGUUUAGUUCACUUUUAUGUCACAGUGUCAUCUACUGAAUACAGUGUAGAAAAGAAUAAAGUCAUAUGUAACAGAAGACAAAAAAAAAUUAUCAAUAUUACCUCUGUAUCAGGAUUUACUGAGACAUAUUCAACAGAGUAUAAUAUAGUUUGUGACAUUACUACAUUCACCAUGGUCAAAAUACAUAACAUCUGAAUUGUCCCCGUUUUGUAAUUCAUAGAUAAGUAGCAUGUGAAAUUUCAAUGACAUAUUUUCCAAUGAACUAGAAAUGUCCCCGUUUUUCAUUUCAGAAAUCUAGUCACCUUAAGAUAAAAACAUCUCAUGUAUAUAAAAAAAAAAAUAUAAUAAUACAAAAAAAUGCAUGUUUAUUCUGGUCAGUAUAUGUGCAGUACAGCAAAAAGCAAAAAGUGUUACAACCCUAUUGACAUAAUUAUUACACCCAUAACGUAAACCAUUUAAUCAAACUAAACGCACGUUCUGUGAGAACGAGCGCCAUCCAGUGGAAGAUGGAAAAAACAACUCUGUAAAUGGGUUUAAAACCGGCUAAGGAUUAUCAAGGAAGUAAAUACACUUAAAUAAAAAUUGACAGUAAAAGUACAUUUCUUUUUAAGAAUACGCAACGCUCUGUGUAGGCAUAGACUGUAUGAUGUCACUAAGAUAAUUUAGAAUGUUAAAUGAUCCAUUCUGUGUUUUUUCAUUUGCUUGCAUCUAAACACUCCAACAGAGGUAACAGCUCACUAUUGUUGAGGUAGAUUGUUUUUAUUGAAUUUUAUUUACUUUUACAAUGCUAAUAUAUCAAACAAUAUUUUUAAUUCCCAAAUUCGUCCUAGUAAGUGUCUAAUCCUAUUCUAAUACAGUAUAAUUAUUCUGAUAAAGGUGAUUUUUCAUUUAAACCUUUUCUGGCUAAAAUUCCAAGUGUAUUAACAAAGAAUCUGGAAUCAUUUGUUUAGCUAAAAGACAGAAUUUAGAAAAAGUAGGAGUAAAAUGAACAAUUUUCCAUAAUCACAUAGCCUUCUCAGAGAAUCUCAAUUCUGGGAUCCUUUGUGACCUUCUCAUUCCAUUUAUUUUCUGACAGCUUUACUGGUUGGUGCUUCUCAACUGUGGCAUAAGAAGUUACAACAAUGACCCUCUCAGCGCUUUGGCUGGUGUUGUUCUACUGGACAGUCCUGCACUCCCCCUGUGACUGCAGCACUUUAACCAAAGCCGACCUGCAAGAACUGGAGAACAUCAACACCUGGGUCAUUACCCGCAGCUUUCCCUGCAGUGCCACCUGCGGGCUUGGCCUCCGAACUCAGGAGCUCUGCCCUAUUGGUGGCACCAGAAACUUCUCCACUGCAGCAUGCAAACUGCGGACUAUCCGCUGCCUCGACACCUGGCAGUGUGGACUGAAGACCCAAACGGUGAUUGCUGGUCAGCGGCUUGAGCUUGACUGUCUAGAAGAAGUGAUGGAAGCCAUAGGUCGCUUUGCCUUUGUGGUGUCUUGGCGCUUUGCCCGUGGAGUGAUCACCUCUGAUAACUCACUGUUUAUCCGCUAUGAAGCUCUGAGUCUAGACAAGGUGGUACUAGACCCUCUCAGAGAAGAGGAUUCCGGGACAUAUCGUUGUGACGUACUGGACACUGGUAAACGAAGAGUGAAAAGAAUGUACAAAGGAGUGAAGGUGUUAUCUCCCAACAUGCUAAGUUUGGACUUUACUAAAGGUCUGAUUCAUUGGGAAAACCCUGAGAGCCUGUGGCCUAACAUAACCACCACCACCACAAGAAAACCAUAUCCAAGCAGCACUGUCCGCAACAUGGUGCUGGUAAGCCUGUCCAUAUCCGUUGCAAUCACGGCGGUCAUCUUUCUAUUCUUGUGGGCUUUUUACAGAAAAAGACCAGCUCAACUUCUCCAUGACAGUUUAUAAGGCCUAUUACUUGUGCUUUAACAUUUGGAUGAUAUCAAAUAAAAGAUGCAUGACACAGAAUGUUCCCUUCUUUUUCCUUUAUCAUUUCCUAAGCCAUUGAUCAAUAGAAGUGUUAAGAAUGAGUUUGACAAUGUCAAGAAUGUGUGGUAUGUUGAUUGAAGAUUGAAGAACAUGUUCAAACUACUGUGUACUAUUUUUAGGUUGGAGCUGUUAAUGAACCGUUUAAACCAUUUUAAAAAAGGAUUCACAUUGCUUCGUGUGAAAAUGGUACAACACUAACACAGGGCUCAUAGCUAACAGGUUCCUAAUUUUGAUCCCAGUGAAGGAUGCUGAUGUUUUAUGUCCCUUAUUUCAUACUCACAGCUGUACAUAUAUUGUAGACAUUGUGUGUCUCCAUUUAAAAGGAUAUUUCAUCAAAAAAAUGAAAAUUCUCUCAUCAUUAAUUCACCCUCAUGCCUUCCCAGACAUGCAUUUUUUUUCCUUCUGCUGAACACAAAUGGGAAUUUUUUUUUAGAAGAAUAUUUCAGCUCUGUAGGUCCAUACAAUGAAAGUGAAUGGUGACCAGACCUUUGAAGCUCCAAAAAUCACAUAAAGGAAACAUAAAAGUAAUCAAUAAGACUCCAGUGAUUAAAUCCACAUCUCCAGAAGCAAUAUGAUAGCAGUUGGUGAGAAACAGAUAAAUAUAGAAGUCAUUUUUUUAGUCUAUAUCUCCACUUUCACAUGUGAAAAAUAUGAAUAAAAAUUAAUAAAAAGGGUUAGGGUUAGGUUAUUGAACUAUCCCUUUAAGAGAAACACAUUACGCAGUCCUGAAAAUUAUUCAAAAUAUUAGUUUUCCAAAGUACAAUUCAAAUGAAAAAAUACAGGACUGUCCAUUAACAGCCCAAGUAUUUUUGAUAUUCUUGUCCCUAGAUAUGGUUUGGAUCCCUUGUUCAGUGCAAAUCUAUGGGAUUUUUUUUCACCUAUUUUAACGAACCGCCAGGCAAACAAAUAAAUAAAAUAAAACAAAAUACAAAUAAGAUUACUCAGAGAAGUAAUAACACAACUCCUGAACAAGCUGCACAAUUUAUGUCUGUAUGCAGGAUGAUUUAUGUGCUGAAGUUUAAUACUUGGGGCUAGGGGUUUAAAAAUUCCCUAUAAUGGAAAAAUAGAGGUUCAAAUCCCUGACUCGAACUAUGAGCAAUAGCAGUUGUUAUGCUUAAUUAGCAAGGACAUUAGGGACAUAAGAGUCUCACACAUCAUGUGUAAAUGAACUGGCGUUUAUUCAGGACGUUUAAAAGGUCAAAGUGUGCCCCACCUCAAAAGCAAACUAUCAGACAAAUAAACCAGUGAAAGGUGCUCUAUGAGCACAGGAAAAAUACACAAACACACUCUACAGCUCAAGCUUAAGGCAGAGAGAGGAUAAACUUCCAUCUCUCACAGCAGAAUGUGACAUCAGUGAAAACUGGAGCAGUGUUCACAAAUCAUCUCUAACCAAACAUGAUCAGCUUUGUAUAUUACAUAACUGACAAUCUGAAUGAACAGCAAAAGACCUCCCCUCUCUUGCACACUUUGUGAGCACUAGCAUCAGUGUAAAUAAACUCCUUUAUACAAGUGAAAUUAUUUCGUUAGCAGGUAAAUAGAGACCCAAAAGUAUUAAGACUAGUCUACUUCUGGUUAGGUGAAACACUUUCUGAAAGAAUUACAAACUCUCACAGGCAAACAACAGAGCAGUCAUUCAGUGUGUACUUUAACAACUUGACAAGUGUGUGUGUAUACUUUAAAAAUACAUGGCAUUACAACUUGUAAAAGGUGCAUUGUUAAUCUUCAAGAAAAACGCAAAGGUGUCCUUUCACAAGUUAUGAAACCUACAGAACAACCCAAAUAAAGACAAGAGGGUAAGAAAUUAUUAAAAGACCAAACCCUCUAAAUGAAACGCUGGUUUCAUGGUCAGUUUUCAACGUGUGAAAUACAGCAACAGACACAAAGCAGUCCAAGAAAUGAGCUGCUUCUUGCAGACAGUGUAUAAUUCUAUAUAUUCCAUAAAGACCCUUCUGACUGAAGGUUUUAUCAUUGAUAUGCAAUAACCAUGAAAUUAUCCCCACGUAUUCUCAUUCAGUGAUACUAGAAUAAGGGGAACAAAUAAACAAAGCAGCACAAAAUUAAAAUACAAAUUCUCAAACUUAUUCAUAGCUCUGCCAUUUUUCCAGCACUUUUGAAAACAUGCAGCAGAAUGUUCAACCAUCAGAGAGCAUGAAAAUACUGAUCUCCUGCAAUGACCAUUAUAUAUCAUAAAACACACAAAUACACAUCCAGACCAUCAACAGUCACGUAUUGCUCAAAGGAUAAAAAUUCACCAUUCAGAAAUGAGUUUAUGCUACUUUCCAUAUUCUGGGAUUCAGUAAUAUAUAGCAGUAUAUUGUGUUCAAUUGCAGCAGGGCUACUCAGCUCUGCAUCUAGCAACAAGCAAUUCCACAUGUAAUAUCUCGAUCAUGCUGCGUAGCAUAGAAAAUAAAGACGUCAAACAAUCAAGACGUCAAAUCAUUCGUUCAAGCAUUUAGGCAACUCCAUACUUGGGUCAAUCCACAUUCUAGCAUUCUUAGGUGUUCAAGCAUAAAUUAUAGAAAAUUUUAGCACUCAAUUAGGCCCUAGUUUCAUUUUAUCAAUAGGAUACAUUCAAUUUGGUCAUAAAAAGACAACUUGUGUCCUUAAUACAGAAAUAUUCUGCUUGUUUUUUGUUUUUCACUUUUUGGGAGAUACUAGAAAACAUUUUGUUUGACUUUAACAAACAUACUGACCUAGAAGAGCUUAGUCAAAUUCGAACAUCACAAGCAACAUGCAAACUGUACAAGCAGCUUGCUGGACUAAGUAAUGCAGUAACAAUAAUGCAUUGACUGAUUAUAACUAUUGUGGAAUGAAAAAUGAAUGUUGAGUGACAACUUUAGAUGUAUUUUCAUUUUGCUAUGGGUUUAGAUGGUAACUCGUCAAGACAAAGCUUAAGUUUCCUAAUUAAUGCAUUAUGAAAAUCUAUGAUCAGACAACAAGGAAGAGCCUCAAGCCCUCAGACACAAAGCUGCUUAAGACAGAGCCAGUUGUGUCUGUUUUGUAAUGUCAAAUUUUGCUUUUAACAUUUUAUUCCCACAUUAAAAUUUAAGAAUUGGUAAUUGGACACUCAUUAUGCAAUUUAAAUCCCUGAACAGCGUUGAUAUUCUCCUCAAGAUGCAAGAAAUGUGACUUUGUUCCCCAAACAUUAGAAAUUAAUUAACCCCUUUUUCAAGAAAAAAAAAAGAAAAAAGCAUUUGCA